GGUACCUUUUUGGUAUGCGUUGCGAACACUUUCAUUUUUUGUGUCUCAUCUUCUCUAGAAAAGCAAAACUUUUUCGAAUAUAGCUGAUGGUCCAACUACAUAACUUUUUCUUUUUCAUUAUUUCCAUGGUCGUGCCUUGUGGCACGGCAGCACCCGUACUAUUGAAAUGGUUUGUCAGUAGAGAUGUUCCCACAGGUGCCCCUUCUUCCAAUGGUACUAUAAUUCCUAUUCCUAUCCCUGCAUUCCCUUUUUUGGUCUAUAUACAUUCCAGGAAAUUCAUACGCUCCAUGGGGGGAGCAAAAAGUGGAGUCUUGGUCAGAGCAAGCCGCCCUAUUCUAUUACCAGACAUAAUUGAGAGAAGCUCAUCCGAAACUAGAGCUAGAAACGCCUUAUUUCGUUUCGUUCCCGUUCUUCAUUUCCUUCUUCUCGCAUACAAGGGCGACUUAUCAAAUUUAGAAUCUUUCUGCGGUGUGCUCUGUUUACUAUUCUUUCGUACUCUCUUCUCUUUACCACGCGAUAGGUCAGCGAAGCGUGAGCGGGCGCGGAGAAGGAAACGCCAAACACUUCGGCCUAACGGGAAUGAGCAACGACGAAAUGACAAGAUGAGGUGCUCCGGGCACCCCCAUUUAGAAAGAAGGGUCGAAGGUUUUGGGCCUGUAGCUUUCCCCGUCCCCCCUUCGUCGAGUGGUGCUUGUGUGAGGGUCGACGAAGUUGAGGAAAUCGAGCUUGGAGCUCUCGCCUUACCAACGAGCCGACAGCCGAUGGCUGUUGGUCACGACUACUACCAAAAAGCUCCAAUGAAGAUGAAUAUUUCACAUGGAGGAGUGUGCAUCUGUAUGUUGGGUGUUCUUCUGUCGUGCGACCCGGCGGCUUAUGUGCGACCUGUGGCCCACGCCUCCUAUUUGUUCAGGGCGGGCGGCGUGAACUCUGAUUCGAUCCGGGUAUUCAAUCCCGCCGCUGAGAUGCUCAGUUGACUCCUUAACCUUGAUAGGAAGAUGGCUUAUUCAAUAAUUCGUGCAUAAGGGUAAGGAACUUUGGAUGAACUAAUGCGAAUU